UUCGUGACAGCAAGGUCACGCAAACGAAGGUCGUUUUGCUUGUCUGACAAAAAACGUGAAGGUCGCAUCUCCAAACAUGGAGUCUGACGCGGUGUUCAGCGAUGCACAGUUGCCAACAUUCAACCCGCCGCGUCGUGUUAUGUCAAGGAAAGACAGUGUCAUGGCUACACCAGGCAAAGAGGGAUCUAGAAUCGCUCCCGGCAGCUGCUCGGGAAAAUGCAUCGGCGUUUUCACCAGUGGAGGGGACUCCCAAGGAAUGAAUGCUGCCGUCCGAGCUGUGGUUCGUAUGGGCUUCUUCCUUGGGACCAAAGUCUACUUCAUCAAAGAGGGUUACCAGGGUAUGGUUGAUGGCAGUGACCAUAUUCAGCUAGCAACAUGGGCCAGUGUGUCGGGCAUCAUGCAGUUGGGAGGUACUGUAAUCGGUAGUGCCAGAUGUAAGACAUUCCGUGAGAGGGAAGGCCGUCUUCAGGCAGCAGAGAACCUUGUCAACUUGAACAUCACCAACCUGGUUGUGAUUGGGGGUGACGGCAGUCUGACUGGUGCCAACCUCUUCAGGAAGGAAUGGUCCAGCCUCCUUGCCGAUCUGGUCAAAGCAGGAAAGAUCCCUCAAGAGAGUGCUGACCGGUGUUCCCACCUGAACAUUGCUGGAAUGGUGGGAUCCAUCGACAACGACUUCUGUGGCACCGACAUGACUAUAGGCACAGACACUGCUCUGCACAGGAUCAUCGAGGCCGUCGAUGCCAUCGCCACCACUGCCUCUAGUCACCAGAGGGCGUUUGUUCUGGAACUGAUGGGCAGACACUGUGGGUACCUGGCUCUCGUGGCUGCCCUGGCCAGUGAGGCUGACUGGGUGUUCAUCCCCGAGUGGCCCCCAGAGGAUGGGUGGGAGGAUACCCUAUGUAACAAGCUCACCACGGAAAGGUCAUUUGGUCAGCGCUUGAAUAUCAUCCUGGUUGCAGAGGGAGCUAUGGACAGACAUGGCCAACCCAUCACAGCUGAUAUGUUAAAAAUGUAGCUGCUCUCUUCCCGCCUGGGUUAUGAUACACGUGUGACUGUGCUCGGUCACGUACAGAGAGGUGGAAGUCCCUCCGCAUUUGACAGGAUCCUGGGUUCUAGAAUGGGUGCUGAAGCAGUGCUGGCUCUGAUGGAUGCGGACCCCGACACGCCCGCCUGUGUCGUGUCCCUGGAGGGAAACCAGACUGUCAGGGUGCCACUCAUGCAAUGUGUCGAGAGGACCCAGGCUGUUCAGAAGAACAUGAAUGAGAAGAACUGGGAGGAAGCUGUUCGUCUCCGUGGAAAGAGUUUCCAGAACAACCUGAACACCUACCGUAAGCUGAGUAAACUGAGGCCCCCAGCAGCCCUGAGUAAUGUGGAGGGGACAGACUGCCAGGGACAUUGGGAUUCUUUCCAGGACCAUUUUCUACCAGAGUCUGCCAGAAACUUGGCAGUGAUGAACAUUGGCGCCCCAGCCUGUGGGAUGAAUGCUGCAGUCAGAUCCUUUGUGAGACUGGCCUUGACCCAAGGAUACAAUGUCAAGGGCAUCUAUGACAGUUUUGAUGGACUUGUUGCAAAUGAGGUGCAUCACAUUGGAUGGAACCAGGUGCAGGGCUGGGCUGGAAAGGGUGGAUCUCUUCUGGGGACAAAGAAACAAACUACUAUAGAAGUCGGCCUUGGAAGAAUAGCAGAGAAACUUCAUGAACACAAAAUCGUUGGGUUGUGUAUUAUUGGAGGCUUUGAGGCCUAUCACAGUGCCCUACAGAUAGCAGAGGCCAGACCUCAGUACCCAGCUAUGUGCAUCCCCAUCGUUGUCAUCCCCUGCACCAUCAGCAACAACGUGCCCGGCACCGACUUCAGUCUUGGGGCCGACACUGCCCUAAAUGAAAUCACUGAUAUCUGUGAUAGAAUCAAGCAAUCUGCUACUGGCACCAAGAGGCGUGUGUUUAUUGUUGAGACGAUGGGUGGCUACUGUGGUUACCUAGCAACCAUGAGUGGUCUGGCAGGUGGAGCAGAUGCUGCUUAUAUAUAUGAAGAAAAGUUUUCUAUCACUGAUUUGAGGAAUGACGUAAACCAUCUUAAAGAUAAAAUUCUAAAUGCUGGUGUCCAAAGAGGCCUCAUCCUCAGAAAUGAGAAUGCCAACAAUAACUACACAACUGAGUUUAUACACAACCUGUUUGCGGAGGAAGGCAAGGGCGUGUUCACCUGCCGCACCAACGUGCUGGGCCACAUGCAACAGGGAGGCAUGCCCAGUCCCUUCGACAGGAACUACGGCACCAAGAUGGCUGCCAAGGCUGUAGACUGGCUCAUCAACAAGGUGGAAAGCUCGGUGCAGGAUGACGGUCGUGUUGUGUCGAAAACUCCGGAUGGUGCUGUCCUGCUAGGGAUGACCAGGAGGUUCCUCACCUUCUCCCCAGUACAGGAGCUCUCCAGUGAAACCAACUUUGAUAAGAGAAUCCCCAAAGAAGAAUGGUGGAUGAAAGUACGGCCAUUGCUUAGGAUUUUGUCAAAGCACUCUGUGGGCAGCUUUGAGACGGAGGCUGUCCUGGCACAGGUUGACGAGGUGGCCAAAAUAUGAGCUUGUGCCAUGUAAUAACAGUCUUAGGAUUAUUAGACGUUCCAGUUCCAUUCAAUCCAUACCAACAAGUGCUGCCUGCUUGACUUGCCUGUUGAGCUCUCUGCCACUUUGGUUUCAAUGUCUCAGUUGAUUCCAACAGACCCUGUUAUCAUGACUAAAAGAUGAAGGGAUAUUUACUCAGAGGAUGGGUAAUGGCACCUGUUUUGUUUUUGUUGUAGAAUCUUGCCGUACAGUUUUACAUUUGUACCAAAGAAAGGUAGCUAGGACAAUUUUGUUGUGUCUAACGUGACUUAUUUUUCAAAUUAUGGUUAGUCAGACUACAAAGGAACAGAUAUACCAUAGACAUUGGAGGCGCUAAUGUAUGUAAUGGUAUAAUCCACCAGCCAAGUUUGAAGGAUGUAUUUUUGAGACUAUGUUUGUUUCAAAUACAUUGGGAGAGGCAAAAGACAUGCUACAAAUGUAAUGUUCAGAUUUAAACUAAUGUUUUGGUACCGAAUUGGAAAUUACAUCUAGUAAAACAAAACUCUGAAGGAGCCAUCUUUGAUAGAACAAGACGUAAAAGAUGUCUAGUACAACAGAUUGAAAUAUGAAAAUAAUGGACACUGAACCAAAAACUAAUACCAAAGUACCUGACUCUGAAUAUGUAUUAUGAGGAGCAGUAUGUUUUGUAUCCCACCAAGAUUCAUUAAUGUUACUACUCUCUACCAUGUGUUAUAGUAUAUGCGUAGGAGUGGUCUCCCUUUGUGUGAGGAGUCAGGAUGAAGCCCAUUUGUUGAAUCCUUGACCUGUAGGUGGCCCCACUAUGUUAGGCACUCUGCUGAGUUGCAUCCCUUGGGUAUGACAGAAACCUUUCAAUGUGGGUAAGAAUCCCAGGUUCCCUCUUCUGUUACACCACUUCUGGCUUAGCUGCCACAUUAGGUUGACGAGCUGUGAUAUAACUGGAAUACUAUUGAAAGCAGCAUUAAUCCCAACAUACUUGCUCACUUAAUAUAUUUAAUUCAUGAAACUCUUUCAGUUCACCACAUGAAUACAGUGUGUUAGCUCUACAGUGUGUUAAGACUGUUCUUAAUUUCCAAUGCUGUUCUGUUAUUUGACCUUUAAAAGAAGCGGCAGUAAACUUGAUGCAUUUUCGUCCACCAUUUUGUAUAAGGUUGUAUUUUGGAAUUAAAUAAGACGACAGGAGGCUCCUCCAGCUGAGUGUUUGUGUCCACCAUAAUGUUUUACAUGCAAUCAAGUUAAGUUUACCUUCUGAGAUUCCGCGUUGUUGGUGCAGUACCAUGGAUACCAUGCAUUUACAGAACUCGAACUGUCAGUUAUACAUAUAUAUCAUUGAGUGUUUGAUUUAAGGACUAUAUACCAGUUGCCGUGGUAACUUGCAGUUUCCUUUAUGGUAUUGUUUUGUUGUAGUUAAUUAUUUGAGUGUGUCAGUUCUUCCAGGGGUAUGGAUAUUAGUCCAGUAUUUUUUGGUUUUAUAUUCUUCAUGGCCUCUGAAUGCAGAGGAAAAUGAGAGGCAUGGCAUACAUGCAAUAUAUACUGCUCCACUUUUGAUAGUAAUAUUUAUGUCUCUCCAUAUUACACCAAACUGAUUCCUCAUAAUAUGUCAAGUGUAUAUUUAAGUGGAGUGACAUAUUUAACGAUCCCUGUCUAAAGUUGAAUAGUAUACAACUCAUCAUAAGCCAGGUGAUAGCGUCAGCCUAUUUUAAUAGGCAAUAGCUGCGUUCCGAUCAAAGAUCGCAACCUAUUUUGAUAGGCAUUAGCUGCAUUCAGAACAAAGAUCGCGGGAACAGUAGUCUGCAUGCAUUUUGUGGUUCAGCAUGAAUGAUCAUUUAAAUUAGAUGCCAACUUAUUGUUAAAAAAAUUAAAUUAAAAGAGAAAUGUGAUCGGACACCAAGUUCUAUGUUGGUAUAAUUAAGUUGACAUUAUUUUUAAAAUUAUAAGAUUUUAGAGGCUUUUUUUAAUUUAUGUGAUAAGAAUCACAGAAAAUAUUUAUAAUGUGCUGCUGUCAAGACCACUCCCUGGUUUGUUUCUAGAGAUAGCAGCAUCAACCUGGCUCUAUAUCUGCUGAAUAUGCCUUAUUAUUUAUUUUAGGUUUAUGUUGUGCUAGUUGAAUAUCCAUGUUCUUCACAUGCUCUGACGUGACUUUGAUAUACAUAUUGAAAAUUGUGUAAAUGUUUGCAGUUAUGUACUAAUAUAUCUCAGUUAAUCUGUCUCUUCCUUAUUACUUAGUUUAUAAGGACAUAUACUACUCAAAGCACUUGAGGAACUGAGGUAGCUCUCGGCUUACAGCAUCCACUUGUCACACUUAACACCUGACCAUUACUACAGCAAUGAUCAGAAUCAAAAUCUGAGUUCUUGUUACUGCGAAUUAUAUAACAAUGACCGGUCACAUCAGAUCAAUCUUUCACAAUCGCUGACCUAUGAAUGAAACAACUAACAAGAUGUUGAUAUCAGUCAGAAAACAAAUAGCACAAAACUGGCCACUUCCAGACUACCCUUUUACAAUAUAUACUGUCAAAGAUCUUGUCACAUUUGAAAAGGGAACAAAAGAAUAUUCUGAAAGAGAUGGUCACAAUGGGAUGGAUGACUGUACUUCCCAAGGCUUAUGCAAAGCUGCCUCUGUUUAAACGUUUAUCUUAUUGAUGGGACAGAUUGAUGAUGCUUUUGAAGGAAUCCGUCAUGAAGCCUGCGACUGUCUGGUUGAUCUUUCAGAUGUUGCAUGAACAGAAAACACGUUCCAGCAGCCUCUUUCCUGAUUUAGUGAGUGAUACUCGGGAAAGAUUUCCUUACAUGCCCCCCGCUCAUUUUUGUUAUGAGCAAAUACUAUGGUUUAGUCUAUAGUUUAUAGUUAACAAUUAGGUGGGGGGUACGUAAGGAACUCUUACUGAUACUUGUAUUGGUGAAAGGUCGUUCUGACAUCACCUGUAAUGCAGUAGCAAGGACUAAGAUCUUACUUCAAUGACUAGUGACAGCUAAUCAGUAUUGACGCCAUGAAAACUUACUGGCAACAGUGAUUGUUCACUUACGCAACAUUGCAAUCUCUCAAUCAGCAUAAUCCAUGCCUAGUUUUCUCUUUACAAUUAUAUAUUAAUGUAAAUGUAAUCAGUGUGAACUAUUUUAUAUGCUUGUACAUUUCAUUUAGUUCAAUAAUUAAAUUUAAUUUCUAAUCCCUUUUUUUCCAUCUAAAGGUUUCUCCACGUACCCUAGUCCAUGCUCACUGUUAGUCCAUCACAGAACAGACACAGGUUCAUCUACAUGCCAGUGUACUUUCUGUAUUUUACAUGUGUUGCUGAUCCUCAGCUAAAUUAAAUAAAAAUGUGACAUACA